AUGACGAAGUUUAUUGGUUGCAUAGACUUGCAUAAUGGAGAAGUUAAACAAAUUGUAGGUGGUACGCUAACAAGCAAAGAGGAGGACGUUCCAAAGACUAACUUCGUAUCACAACAUCCGUCUUCAUAUUACGCUAAACUUUAUAGAGACCGAGGAGUUCAAGGGUGUCAUGUUAUUAAGUUGGGACCCAACAAUGACGAUGCUGCACGCGAGGCACUUCAAGAGUCACCGCAAUUCCUACAAGUGGGUGGAGGAAUUAAUGAUACCAACUGUUUGGAAUGGUUACAAUGGGCCAGUAAAGUAAUCGUCACCAGUUGGCUAUUUACAAAAGAGGGCCAUUUUCAAUUGGAACGAUUGGAACGAUUGACAGAACUAUGCGGGAAAGACCGCAUUGUAGUAGAUUUAAGUUGUAGAAAAACCCAGGACGGUCGUUGGAUUGUGGCAAUGAACAAAUGGCAAACUCUAACAGAUCUUGAGCUUAAUGCGGAAACAUUCAAAGAAUUAAGGAGAUAUACGAAUGAGUUUCUAAUUCACGCUGCAGACGUUGAAGGUUUGUGUGGUGGCAUCGAUGAACAGUUGGUUUCUAGGCUUUUCGAAUGGACCAAAAAUUAUGAUGGUUUGAAAAUCGUUUAUGCAGGUGGAGCCAAAAAUAUUGAUGAUUUAAAAUUAGUAGAUGAACUAAGCCACGGAAAAGUAGAUUUGACAUUUGGUAGCUCGUUAGAUAUAUUUGGUGGUAAACUGGUUAAAUUUGAGGAUUGCUGUAAAUGGAAUGAAGAGCAAAGUUAG